AUGCGCCAUGUGCCAAUCGUAUCUAAAUAUUUUCCGGAGUUGCUCCCAAUAUUAGCAAGAAAAUGGGAGCAGAUACCUUCAGAUUUGGUCGUACACUGUGGUUCUGCUUCAAACUCCUCAGUCGGCUCGACUUUAGACUACUCUAGCGCUGGCGACUUUGAAGAAGCAGAGGAAGCAAGACAGGCCGAGGAAAACGCCGUAUCGGGUACCUCAAAAGUCGAAGAAAAGAAUCCAAAUCCGGAAGAAUCCUCGUUCCAAAAAUUGGGAUCCUCGCAGGAAAUCAAAUUACUUAUCAAUUCGACGAUAUCCCAGGAUCAUACCGGCGGCUUGGAUCAAAGUGAAGACGCAGUUCUUGUAGCACUUGCUCAGAAGCUUUCGAAGCCGCAAGCGAUAUCGUUCGGGUCCCCAUCGCAGAACGAAGAACAGGGUACGGAGGAGAAGUCAGCUUGGAUGAUGGAAGAUUUCAAAGGUGCGAAUUCACGGAAACUGGGUCGAAGAGAUCUGGAUGCAAUGUCUCGGCGGCCGCGAGAGUCCUCUCCAGAUUGGGGCGGGCACCCAAUGCGAGACUUGUCGCAAGUGAUGGCAGAGAGAGUGGUAGAGAGGACAACCAGGAGGCCAACUUAUCAAGCACCCCGAGUCAGUUAUGGGGAUACUGGUAGAUCUCCUAGAGUGCGAUAUUCUCCUGUACUACAAAGCUCUUCACCUCCAAUGCCGUCGGCUGGUAAGCAGAGGCCCCUGGAUCCCUUUGAUCGGAUAGACGCAUACUCGGAAGGAGAUUCUGCGGCGUGGAUCCCUGAAUAUGAACUCAAAGAAGCUAUGGCAGAGAGACAAAAGCCGCCCCUGUUGAGCCAUACCACAGUGGAGGACGAGUUCGAGAAGCCAGCUCUGAGAGAGGAAAUGAAUAAAUAUCUGGAGCAGGCUUUGAAAGCCACUGACGAGGAACUGAGAAAAGCACAGAGGGCUUUAUCCAACAUGACGUCGGAAGAGAAUUCAAACAUGGCCGAAUCUGAGCUAGAUCCCAUCACCUAUUACUUUGCCUGCCUCAAAGACAAAGCCCAGCCGUCCCAAGGCAUUGAACAUGCUGUCAAGUCCAGGAUUACUCAGCCGUCAAUAGAUAAAAAAUCCGAGAACCUGGAGAAUCCAGGUAAAGGCAAAUGCCCAUCGGAAGCGUCCGAUGAAGCAGUCUUUUCGAAGCUGGAAGAUUUGAGAUCACUUCUCACGCCAGAGGAACAACUGAAUAUUGGAAGCUGCAUUGGGAAGAAACCCUAUAUCGGAAAGCGUGGGACCUUCAAGUUCUCUCUGCGGAAAAGACGACCUUCAGGUUGCACAGCGUAGUUGGACAGGAAUUUCUGGCUUGUCAACGACUCGAUCCAGAAGUUUGAGUAAUUCUACCAAAGCAUCAUCGUACCCAGAGGUGAGAUCAAUUCCUCCGUCCAAAAUAGAAUUCGUCCUAAUUCCAAAUAGGCUCGCGAAGCUGACCACACCUCCACUGCAAGUAUUUCUAUGUCGCCGCGGAUGAAGCCUACCUCCGAGUGUGGCAGCCCGAAUAGAGGUACCCGGAAGGGUAAUCCUCCUCGAAGCUCUCUACCCAUCUCGACUGUGCGUCAAGUGGUACGUAUUUAAAUCAUUGAGGCACUCAACGAUUGAAGCUCUUGAUUCUAACUCUUGACUAACGAAAUCCUUAGAAAUCUCCAUCACUGACUGCAGAACUCCUUCAAAAUACCGGACGGGAACGCUCCAACAGAGGAAUCUCCAACACGUCCAUCGGCGACAGAAGCAAUAAAAAAUCGAACGUAGACUCACCCUCCUCUCAAACACCGGCCUCUCGGUUGACAGGGCAACUUAUGGGAGGAAAGAUCGCAAGUACUUCUAGCACCCUACCUCCAAUUCUACGAGAAGAUAGAGCUGCUAUGGUAGAUCCUAAGCCGCGAGCCAAACCGUCGUCGCCGAUUUCUCAUUCCGAACAAGCCGAAGAUCUUUGUCAGGAUCGUGAUCAACAGAAGCAGGCAUCCUCGCAAUCUUCCGACCUAUUGAUUAUUCGCGGGCUGCAGCAACGAAUUGCCAAAUUACAGCAGGAGAAGGAGCGAGGUCCCAAGUAUCGGGUUAAAGAGGAAGAAGCAACAAGAGUGCAAAUCAUCUACAAGGUCUACUGUCUUGACAAGAAGAGCUUUAGUUAUUUCUUGGACAAACCACUGGAAUAUGACGACCAUCCGGAUCAGACAUUCCAUCUUCACGGCCAGAAACCGUUUCCUAACGAUGUUGAUCUUUUCAUUGAGCUUCAGAGGGGCGCACUUUCAUUCUUGUUCUACAAGGAGCUUCGAUGUUGUAAGCCCAAACGAUUGGAAGAGGAUUUGCCUGUCAAGGAACCCGAGACACCUGCAGUACAGGAAAUUAUACGAGUCACGUCGGAGAAGUUACAUAAGGCGUACAUUUUCUUGAGGAAAAGAUAUCCCGACGAGAUGAAGUACUUCCCGGAGUUCAAGGUCAACUCGCAGAUAACGUCGCCGUUUCUAUUCUACUUCAGCAAACGAUCAUUCAUCGAGUCUAGAUGACCUGCCAGACGAGCACUUGUCCCAAGUUCGACUAUCCCGACAACAUAUCGAGGCGAGCUUCAGAGAUGAGUUCGCCCGAGUGGAAACUUUGAUUUCAGAAGAAAACAUAACAGCACAAUAUCUCGCCUAUCUCUUCGAGCCCGGCACCGUGGUGAUUGAGAAAAAGGGAGAUGCGUACGCGGGUUACGAACAGGUCGACUGGCCUAGCCGAAAGACUCGCCCGAAACGAAACCCCAUCCAAUCUGCCAUCGAUGACAGGCAGGGGGCCAAUGUCGAAAUUUCUGCAGAUCAGCUCUAUAUUCAAGGCCAUAACUGGCAUUUCGAUGGAGAGUUUUCAAUGAACUGGCAAGAGCUGUAUGCAGACUAUGGGGACUCGAAACAACACGUGAAGCCGAUCAACGAGCUGGCGCUGCUACCGUUACGUUUCGCUGGGCUUGAAGUCGCAGAGGAACUUCGGAGAAGGGGAUCUAUUUUCUGGAGUUGUCGAGUGCGGAGGUUCGUGAGCUACAACACCGACAACAAUAUGGCCGAGCACAAGGUAACGUCUGAUCAAUUAUUCUUGGUAUAUAGACAAGACUAA